AUGCUGCCAGACCUUGCAUCCCGUUUCUUCAAGGUGGCGAAAGAAGCUGGGAUGAUGGACAAAGGGUAUGUUUGGUUAAUAGCGGACGUGCUAACAAGUCUCUUGGAUUCUAUGCCAGAGACGAUGGAGGCGAUGCAAGGUGUACUAGGUGUGAAGGCUUACGUUCCAAAAUCCGUUAAUGGAACAGAACUCGAUGUUGUUGGGUUGUUUUAUUAUGACAGCAUCACACUUUUGGCAGAGGCAAUGGAACGAAUUGGUGUGACAUCCCUGCGGUUCAAUAGAUCGGUUGAUCAUAGAGAAAAUUUGACAGAUUUGGGAGAAAUAAGAACGUCAUUGGCUUGGCCAUCACUUAUUGGUUGGAUGAGACAACACGCAUCCAAAGGGGUGAGUGGCGAUUUUAACAUAAGUAACGACCAACUGCAGGCGUAUGUAUUCGAGAUAGUUAAUGUGAAUCGCAGGAAAGAAAUCCAAGUUGGAUUCUGGAGUGAACAAUGUGGAAUCGUACGGGAGAUUAAUGCACACAAUAAUUGCUCGAUCGAUAAGGAACUUGACCCCAUUGUAUGGCCAAGAAAAGAAAGUGAAGUGCCAAAAGGAUGGGAAGUUUCUGGGAGUGGAAAAAAGUUGAGGGUUGGAGGAGUUCCAUCAAUAAGGGGUUUCAAUGAAUAUGUUAAAGUUGAAAAGAAUGAAGAAACAGGAGGUGGAGGUUAUGAUGAUAGCAUAUCGAAAUUAGACGAAGAGGAACUUGAUGCAUUGGUGGGAGAUGUAACGGUGACAGCUAACAGAUCGAAGCACGUAGAUUUCACAUUCCCUUACUCAGAAUCGGGAGUUGUCAUUGUUGUCCCGAUCAAUCCUAAAGGGAGGAGGAGUGCUUGGAUAUUUAUGAAGCCUCUAACAUAUGGCCUCUGGCUAACCAUUGGCGCCUUCUUUGUCUACAUUGGUUUUGUCAUUUGGGUUCUUGAGCAUCGCGUAAAUAAAGCAUUCCGUGGCCCACCUAAGCAGCAAGUUGGGAUGAUAUUCUGGUUCUCAUUCUCAACGCUUGUUUUUACACACAGGGAGAAAAUGAGGAGCAACUUGACAAGAUUUGUGGUGAUCGUGUGGGUGUUCAUGGUGCUGGUUUUGACGUCAAAUUACACUGCAAACUUGACAUCCAUGCUUACUGUAGAUCGACUGCAGCCCAAGACCAAGGAUCUGAAUGAUCUGAUAAAGAAUGGAGAGUUUGUUGGAUACCAAAUGGGCUCCUUUGUUAGAGAAUUCUUGACAAACAAUGACAUUCUUGAAUCCGCGAGCCUGAAAAGCUACAGCACCGUGGAUCAGUUCCACGAAGCUCUCUCCAAAGGCAGCAGGAAUGGAGGAGUACGCGCGAUUAUUGAUGAACUCCCUUACAUCAGGCUUCUCAUUUCCAAGCACUGCGACAAGUAUACCAUGAUCGCAUUUCCAAAGGGUUCACCGCUGGUUUUUGACGUUUCACAAGAGAUCUUGAGGCUAAAAGAGGAUAAGGAUUUGGUGAGGAUCACAAAGAAAUGGCUAGGAGAUGAAAAGGAAUGCCCCAUUGGCAAUGGAGCUCUGAGCACAUCGCAGAGGCUCAGUCCAGACAGUUUCAGGGGGCUCUUCGUCAUUGCUGGGAUGUCGUCAACGCUAGCUCUGGCUAUAUUCUUGUCCAAUUUCUUGUUAGAAUCACGUUGGGAAGCAAUCGAUAGACGUGUGACAAAAUUGCAGGCAUCAAAAUCAGCAUAUCGACGUUACUCUUCCAACUACGAUACUGAUCCCUAUCAGCAACCUACUCGUUUUCGCCCCUGCCACGAACAGCCUCCUGGCUGGCCGCCACCGCAAUGCUUACCCCCAAGUUACUGGCCUGCACAACGGCGUCAGCACACCUACGAGAAGCAGCAGCAGGCACACGCCUAUAGGCAGCAACACGAACCUGUUGCUGCACAUAUGGAGCCCCUCAAUCGGUUUGGCUAUUCCCGACCUCGACAUCAAUCAAAUCCAACACUGGUCUCUGAGCAUUCGUCGUACACCUGCACGCUUUCAGAUGUGGAGCUGCAAAAUCCCGACGCCGAAUACCGUGUGAGGCAAUCUAACUACCUGCCCCCGCAUCCGACAUAUACAGACUCAUAUGGGCAGCCACGAAAUUCAUCUGCCAGGUAUAAUUUGUGGCAGCCAGAGUUCCCUCUCCCUGACCGAAUGCUGCAUCCACCGACACCGCGUUCGCCUUCCUACCGGAGUUCAGCCCCACCAUGUACAGCCUUGGCGGAUUCCCCGGCAGCCACAACCCAAAGCCGAUCCUGCCACGAGCAUCCUACUGUUGUGCUGCAACCGCUGCUCGGUCCUACAAGUCUCCAACGCUCAGCAAUACCACCGAUGGCCUCUGCUGCUGUCCCACCGUCCUCCUCGCAUCUACCAAGCACCCGCCCGACUACGCAUCUUGUUUCUUGUGAAGAGAUGCACUUGGGAGUUGAAGGUGAUUCACAAGGGGAUAGUUCACAGCAGAAGUGUUUGGACUCUGAUGAUGAUUAUGAAGAUGAUAGAGUAGAUAGUGAAGAUAGACGUUCCUACAACCUCACUACUGCGGGGAUCCAGCCGUUAAAAGUUCUUGUGCAGCGGUUCAUGGAGGACAAGCAGUUUGGGGGUGUAGGAAUGAUGCCGACGUCAGGAGCCGGUGCAUGA